AUGGAGCAGCUCGGGCUGCUUGACCAAAUCAUACCUGCCUCUCGAGUCCUGAAUGGAUUCAACAUGGCAAGUGAAAUAACGAAGGGGGAAAUCAUCCUCCCAGUCAACGUAAUCGGAACUAUACAAGACACCAGGUUUCAUAUCAUCGAAGGAGAUAUGAGGGAUAAUGCUUUACUUAGAAGGCCGUGGAUCCAUAGCAUGAGGGCAGUGUCAUCAACCUUUCAUCAAAUGAUGAAGUUCCCAACAAAGGAUGGCGUGAAAACAAUAUACGGAGAGCAGCAUGCAGCUAAGGAGAUGUUUGCAGUACAUGACUUGGCACAGGUGAUCGAUGAACAGGUGGUUGGGGACGAAGAAGAAGAUUUUCUCACCACCACCCCCCCCGAGCCUUUGUUACCCCUCGAAGAAUCGGAUGCGACGAAGUCCAUGGUCGAAGAACUCGAACAGGCCAUGUUGAUCAAGCAUCUUCCAAAAUGA